CGGUUGUGUGGCGUACGUAUAUAAAGUAGACGCGCAGGAGUCGUUCAUCAGUCAGUCGGUGCUCAGUGCUGUAGUACAACCUAAUAUAUCCAACAUGAAGUACUUGAUUGUCGUCGCUCUUGCCGUGGCCGCGGUCUGCGCCGAAGAAGCCAAGAAGACAGAAAAACGAGGUUUAGCCGGCCUAGGAUAUGGUGGGCUAGGAUACGGUGGUCACGGCUUGGGUUAUGAAGGCCUUGGCUACUCCGGCGGACUAGGAUAUGGCGGCUUGGGAUACGGUGGCUAUGCUGCCGCCCCCGUCGCUGUCAGCAAGGUUGCAUACACCACCGCGCAUGGUCUCGGCGGAUACGGAGGAUACGGGGGAUACGGAUAUGGCGGCCUCAGCGGAUACGGCGGAUACUCCGGCCUCGGUUAUGGUGGUCACAGUUACUCCGGCCAUGGAUACUAUGGCGCCCCUGCUUUGAGCUACGCCAACCAGGUUGCCUACAACGGCUAUGGCGGUUAUGGCGGAUAUGGCGGUUACGGGCACGGUCUCGGCGGAUAUGGCGGGCUUGGUUACUACGGACAUCACUAAACCUCAACGAAUAACCUCGUGUUUUGAUAUAAUGUGUUCAUUGUAUAUUUUCUAAAUAAUUCUCAAUCAUAGGGUACGGACACGCCGUCUAGUGUCGAAAUUUUAUGAAGUGUUUAAUGGUUCUUCUACAUCCAAGUACCCUUAACUAAGUGGGUUUAAGUACCACACUAUUUUGUACAACGAAUUUUAAGCCCUUAAGUUUGUGUAAAUAUUUAAAUAUAUAAAACUUUACAUUA